AUGAGCCACCACACCACUCUCUCUCUCAUUCCUCUCACGUGCCUCGAGUUAUCUAUUUGUUUUUCGUUCAAGAAUUGGGAGCUCUACUCGCAGCUUGGAGAUUGGACUUGUUUGAAUUGCUCUUUCAAGAUGGAGGAUACCCGGUCAGUUGCUUCGCUCAUGGACUCUACAUCAUCCAAGAUUCAGCAGCUUCAGAAGGCGUUUGCUGAACUUGAAAGCCAGCGUGCCGUGACACUUAACCUGAAGUGGAAAGAGCUUGAGGAGCAUUUUCACGGGCUUGAGAGGUCCUUGAAGCGACGGUUUCACGAGCUUGAAGAUCAAGAGAAAGAGUACGAAACCAAAACAAGGAAAGCUCAAGAGCUGCUGGAAAUCAAGAAGGCAGCUGUCGAGGCCAAGGAGAAGGCAUCUCUAGAAAGGCUACAGAAGAAGAGAGACGCUGCUGUGUUUGCUAUAAACACUGCUUUGGAUAAGUACAACAACCCUCCCGCUUCUGUUGGCGAAUGCUGGGCGCAAGAUCCUCUAGAGGAUUCACCCAAUGCCUUUGCUGCUGAUGGGAUUGCCGAAGAUCAUCAAGAUGGUUGUGUGCAAGAUGUUCAGCUCUCACCUGUGAUGGGAAACUUUGAGGUGAAGGCUUAUCCACAGUUGCUGAAACUGUGCGGGGAUAUGGACUCAGCAGCGCUUCACAAGUUUGUAUCAGAUAACCGCAAGAACCUUGCAUCACUAAAGGAGGAGAUUCCUGUGGCGCUCAAGGCUGCAGCAAACCCAGCUAGUUUAGUGUUGGACUCUCUGGAAGGGUUUUACCCAGUGGAGGCACCAACUGCUGAUGGAAAGAAAGACGCUAACCUCUUGGGAAUGCGCAGGACGUGUAUCAUGUUGAUGGAGUGCCUUAGCAUACUGUUAUCUGGUCUGGACCGCAACACCGUUGCUGCUGUUCUCUCAGAAAAUGUUAAGCAUAGAGCUAAAACUAUUGCACAAGGAUGGAAUCCACUGCUGGAAGCCCUUGACAUGGAUGCUUGCAAUGGCAAUUCUUUGGAGGCUCAUGCAUUCCUGCAGCUACUUGCCACUUUUGCUAUUGUUUCCGACUUUAAAGUGGAUGAACUCUCGAAGCUGAUCCCCAUGGUUUCACGUCGCCGUCAGGCAGCUGAGCUCUGCCGUUCUCUUGGAUUAGCAGAGAAAAUGCCUGGUGUGAUUGAGGUUCUCGUAAACAGUGGGAAACAGAUUGAUGCGGUUAACUUGGCAUUUGCAUUUGGACUCACAGAACAAUUCCCACCUGUGGCGUUGCUGAAAUCUUACCUGACUGAGACAAGGAGAUCUUCCUCCCAAGGCAGACCUGGCAAUGCAUCUCCUGCUGUCCAGGAUGAGUUCAAUGAGAGGGAGCUAACAGGGCUUAAAUCCGUGAUAAAGUGUAUAGAAGAGCAUAACCUGGAAGAGCAGUACCCAGUCGAGCCACUUAACAAACGGAUUCUCCAGCUGGAGAAGGCCAAAGCAGAGAAAAAGAGAGCAACCGAGCCCACAAAGCCUCAGCCGAAGCGACCACGUGGUGCUCAGCCCCGAGUCACUGACAACAACAACAACAAGAAUACAGGAGGAUAUGGUAGAGUCAUCCCUGAGAGGUAUCCACAGUAUGUGUAUGACAACAGACCGUUCCUUAGCGGUCCAAUCAUGGCAGCACAAGCUCCUCCUCCGCCUCCUCCUCAGACUUACACUUUCAGUCCCGCUCCUGCUCACGGCAACUUCUACGGCAACUGCUACCAGUACCAGGCUCCUCCUCCUCCUUACUUUCACUAG